CUAUAUGUUCUACGCCAACCCCCAGGAUCGACACCAGUUCCUGGCUGCUCAGCAACUCUACCUGCGGGGCUGGCGUUGGCACAAGACGAUGCGCUGCUGGUUGACCAAGGACACCGAAAUGCAGCCCGUAUUGAUCGCCCCCGAUACCGAGCGCGGUUACUACAUUGUCUGGAACACCACCACGUGGAGCCGUGAACGGCGUGAGCUCGUUCUGGUUUACCAGGAUCUUGAGAGCCUUCCCGACGCCAACGGUUCCCCCCACCCGUAAGGAUUCAACUGGGCGUUGUGUCUCUUUGUUUUUGGUUUCUACCGGGCCAACAGGGGUUACGGUGUACCGCGCGGCAUCGCGGUAAUGUUUUGUCGGCUCUGUUCUUCACCCAAUCCAGUGGGUUUAUUCGGCAUUUGAGGAUCUGAGGGUCGGACCCAUAGGAGCUCGGACGGCGUCAUUGGUCAAAUGGAGGUCAUUCCGGAGCAAUUUGGUCUGCGCUCGGCCAUGUGAUCGGUAUUGUGCACUUUUCUCACACGGGUUAUCCAGGCCUGUGUGCGAUGAGGACCUGGUGGUACUGGCAAACAAAACUGACAUGAAAUGAUGAGAGAAGUCUGGACUAUGGAGCAUCUGUAGGAGUAGGACCUAAUGAGAAAAGCCCAACUACCUCCUCUGAUGC